UUUUAGGCCUGUGGAACUGACGGAGGAUGUAUAGGCAGAACCUAGAAGCCGGAGGCAUUAGCAACGGCCUCUCGUUCGGAUAUGCUGCUACCCACAGCAGCGACAGCUUCCUUCUCCUCGCGUCGUCUCCCUCCCCCCGUGAGAACCCAAGGCGGAGUAGGAGCCCCACUUCUUACCGGCGCGGCGAAAUUCAGGGCUCCAACCACCCGACUACAGCGCUCGUCCUCCUUUACUUUCAGUUUCAGCUGCGCUUGCUCUCCCUCUCCUGAUCCAACUCCCGGCGACGAGGACAGCGCCCGCGUCCUGUUCGAUGUAAGGCCUCUGUGGCUCACCAAUCAUGAUCUUUCUCAAGAUAUUCCCUGGGAGCCUGAUGAUAUAUGGAGAACAUUUGCAGCAUACUUCCUUGUCUUGCAUAUCCCGUUGAGCUUUGGAGGACUUGGUGUGGUAGCCAAAGUGCUACAUAGUUCCUCACUAGACCCAUUGACAACAGUUGCUUCCACAGCCAUGCUUCAACUAGGGGAGCUUACUUUGGCCUUAACACUAUUGCAGUACACUGCAAAGCCUCAUCAUGAAGUCCGGACCUUCUUUGCUGGGAAGUUCUCAUUGCAGCGUAGUUGGGUAAAAGAAACUGCAUUAUGGUUUGGAUGUAUUAUGUCCGUGGUUUCCCUCACAUCCCUACUAGCUGACAAACUGAUAGGCCCCGAGGAUGCAUACGAUCAUAUAUUAAAGGAAAUACUUUCGGACGGUCCAACCUCUAGUUUAUUGUGUUUCUUCCUGUACUCUGUGAUUGCUCCAUUGUCCGAAGAAAUGAUUUACCGUGGGUUCCUUCUGACAGGCCUCUCUUCCUCAAUGAAACAGAGGGACGCUGUCAUCAUAAGCUCAAUUAUGUUCAGCGUUGCGCACCUUUCAGGAAAAUCUUUCUUUCAAUUGUUCAUCAUUGGAUGUACCACAGGUUUAGCUUAUUGCCAGACUGGAACUUUGGCGUCCUCAUUUACCAUCCACAGUUUGUAUAAUGCAGUGAUAUUGUUUACUAUGAUAAGAUCUUGAAUAUGUUUCCGGGGUUAGUCAAGAAGGCGAAUACGAUUCA